AUGUAUUCAAAUCCAAUCAAGGAAGAACAAGAAGUGAUUGAUUUUGCAGAGAAGCUACCAGUUCGCCGAGGCGAUGGGCUUCUCGUAUCUACUGCUGCCACCCGAUUUCUUGUUGUGCGACAUCCAUUUGCCCGCCUUCAUGCUGUUUGGAAAGCAUUAUUUUCGACAGUAACUGACGACGGAGAGAAAAUGUUUCACAAGUACAGCAUAGGGCGUUAUGUUCACUCGCAAGAAGAUGACGAGCUUAUCACUUUUCCCGACUUCUGUGAAUUCGUCGCAGACGAUAGUCAAGCGAGAAGCGUGUGCGACCCAUGCUCGAAUCCAUUCGAUUUUGUUGCAAAAUUUGAGACUCUUACGGAUGAUGCCAACUGGUUAUUGGAAAGAGCUGGUUCAAAUUUGACUUUCCCACACCACCAAGAAGACACGGAACAAUGGAGAUCUGCUUGGCAGAAAGUGGUCUCUAACAAGAAACAGGCUUCGCAAAAACUUCACCAGUUGUACUACUGGGACUUUCGCUUAUUUGGAUACAAUACUGAAGUGUAA